GACCGUCGCGUUAGUUGCUUGUUAGCCAAGUUAACAAAAGCUCACAAGUCGUGUCGCGUGCAUGUGUGUGUGCGUUUCGUUUCGUUUGUGUAAAGCGCAAAGCUUCUUCCAGUGUGAACAAACAAAAUGGAAAACAAUUAAUUCGAACAAAAAAAGCAUAGCAAAGAAAUUUCAGCAUAAGCUUUAUAAAUAUGUACAAGUCUCAACUGGAAUAAACACACAUCUGUCAAAAUGUAUGCUGCUAAGGAUGUGCCAACUAAUUAUGCUCGGCUGCGAACGAACGCAGCAUAAUGAAUAUCGAAUGCAUUUAUGCACAAAACGCAAUUAAAACGCAACAGCGCAGCUUAGAACGAGAGUGAGUGAGAGAAUGCAGCUGAGGACGGCGGCAGCAAAGCUCAACAAGCUGAAGACGCAGCCAAACAACAAAGUCGAGAGCAUUGCAAUUGAGCACGAGCCGCAUGACAGGCCCAUGGCAGAGCCGUUGACAGCGAGACAGCAACACGACACUCUCUCAACAUACUUGACGCCAACGCCAGCGCCAGCGCCAACACAGCGACAGACAAAACAAUAGAGUAAAGUGUAGGCGUAAAGCAAACAAAGCAAAACAAAGCAAAACAAAGCGAAACGUAACGGAACGGAACGUAGCGUAACGAAAAAAAAUAAAACACUUGUGUGCCGUGUCGUCGAAGAGAGAACGCGCGCGCGAGUAAGAGAGUGCAGGCGAUGAGGCAUUUUUCAAGUGCUGCUGCUACUGCCGCUGCCGCUGCUGAUGACGACGACGCUGCGCAGUCAGAAUGCAGCUAAGGCGACGACGCCGCAAUACAAACGACAUAUCUCCCGUUUGGCUGCUGCUCAGUCUGCUGCUGCUGGGCGACUGCGCUGCCGACUGGCUAAUGGACUGCGGCAAUUGUCAUUGCAAAUGGAAUUCGGGCAAGAAGACGGCGGAUUGUCGCAAUUUAAGUUUGAGCGCAGUGCCCGAAAAUCUCAGCUCGGAGCUGCAGGUGCUGGAUCUCUCGCUCAAUCGCAUUACAUACAUUGAGCAGAAUGCGUUUCUAGCAGCGCAACUCCAGAAUUUGCAUAAACUGUACAUACGCAACAGCAGCUUGCAGCAGAUCAAUGCGCACAGCUUUGCGCAGCUGGAAAUACUUAUCGAAUUAGAUUUAUCGAAUAAUCUGCUGCGUGAGCUGCAGCCAAAUGUUUUCGCGCGUCUAAUCAAAGUGCGUGCGCUGCUGCUUAACGGUAAUCUGCUGCAGUCACUGGACGCCCAUGCGUUUCACAAUCUCAAAUAUCUGCACAAGAUUGAGCUCAAGCAUAAUCGCUUGCUACGCAUCGAUGUCCAAGCGUUCAGCGAUUUGCCGCUGCUCUCGCAAAUUUAUCUCGAUGGCAAUCGCUUGAGUUUUCUGCGCGCCGCCAGCUUCGAUACACUGAAGCGUCUGACGGCGCUAUCGCUGGAUCAGAAUCCCUGGAACUGCACCUGUGAGCUGCAAGUGUUUCGCGACUUUGUCGUGCAUCAGAAUCUCUAUACGCCACCCACUGCCUGCUACUAUCCGCUGGAGCUGCGCGGCAUGCUGUGGAUUGAGGAUCAGCCACAGGCGUUUGCCUGCAAGCCCAAGAUUAUUUAUCCAGCACGUGGUGCCAGCAUCAACACAUCGAAGGAGAAUGUCACGCUCGUUUGCCGUGUGCACGGCUCACCCAACACGAUUGUCGCCUGGGACUACAACAAGCAGCUCUAUCGCUCCAAUGGCGACAACGAACGCGUCCACAUUCAAUUGCUACGCGAGCAGCAGCAGCAGCAGCAACUGGGACAACUGGGACAGCAGCUGGCACCAGCUGGCAACAUAUUCAUUUCGCGUCUCACUAUUCUGGGCGCUGUCAAGAGCGAUGAGGGCAUCUAUACCUGCCUGGCGGAGAAUGCCGGCGGCAAGGAUGCCGUCCAAAUGAGUCUACUGGUGCAAAAGUCCAACUCGCGGGAUUUGCUGCUGCAUAGCAAUCUCUUUGUGGUCAUUUGCCUCAUGUCCUUGGGUCUGCUCAGCGUCUCUGUGCUGCUCUCCAUGAUCACCUGCUGCAUCUAUCGCCGCUUCAAGCAGCUGCAUCCCAGCCAGCAUCAUGCGCAUCUGCAUCAACUGAAUCUCUCACCCCAGCAGCAGCUUACCAGCACGUCAACAUCUGACCCACUCAAUGGCGCCCCCAACAUUGUCAUUGCCAGCACUGUGGACACCUCGCCCAGCGCCGCAUCAGGUGCUGCUGCCGCUUCUGAUGCUGCUGCUGCUGUUGAGAACACUUCGCUGAGCAGCUACAAGCAUCACCCGACUACGGAUCGUCUACAAGAGACUUCAACUACUGCCACGCCCACAAAUGACAUGCAACAGGCGCAUAGCAAAUACGCGGAUGUCAUCUUGCUGGGAACUGGAGCAACCUCAACGCUGGCAAAGCGCUCAGCUCAGCGUCAGCAGCUCAAUGAUCUCUACUUGAAGCAGAAAUCCACAGAUACGCUCAGCCUCAGGCCCACAGCGGGCGAGCUAAGCCGUGCGAGCAGCCGAUUGGCGCUGAGUAGUGAGAGCCACAGUGAAGCACGAAUAACUCACGAGUUUGACUAUCAACCGGAUUUGUUGCCAGAGUAUCGUGGCAAGAUUUCAACGCUGCGUGGAGCUGGCAACGGCAACGCAACUAAUGAGCUGCCCGUGCUGUUGCCGGGCAGCGCAGGCGGCGGCGGUGGCGGCGGCAUGGGCAACAAUUCAUCACGCAGCAAAUAUAAUAUCAAUGUGCAGGAAUAUCUGCAGGCCAAGUACGGCAGUGUGCCGAGAACGAACGAGGAGCAGCGAGGCAACAACAAUAAACAAAAGCAUGUCAAUGGACAUGGAUAUAGACAGGAGCUGGAGCUGCCAAGUGGUGCCAGCUAUAAGCCUCGAACGUUGAGCCAACGCGCCAAUGAGUCUGCCGGCGCCAACUAUGCGCUGGAACGGCACAGCAAGUCUUUAAUCGCUGCUCGAAUUCCAGCGGCACCCACCGAGAAUUAUAGCAGUUAAUGGAAUACGCGCAGCCCCAGCCCACGCCCCCGCCCACGCACCCCAAAAGGAUCAGCAAUCAACCGAGGAUAAUAAAAUGAAACGAGCUGUCUCCCCCAUUGGCAGUAUUUAUGUAAAUACUAUAACAGACUUAUUGUAUAUAUAAUCGUUGCUACUAUAAACGUUCCCCCCCUCGUCACACAUAAGCUUGCUACAAUAGUCAUAUUAUAUAAGGAGUAUUUCUGAAAAUUAUAAUGACUUGAAUAUUUCAGAAUUUCAAAUCAAUUCAAAAUCACUUUCAAUAAUGCUCCUUAACUAUUUUUUUUUUUAAUUUUUAAGCUUUAAGCAGUUAAGAAUCUAACAGUCUAAAAAAUAUGCGAGCAGCUUGA